GUCUAUUCACACUCCUGGUGGAAGAUUUUGGGGUCAAGGGAGUGCAGGUUGAAGAAAUUUAUGAUUUGCAGAGCAAAUGCCAAGGCCCUGUGUAUGGAUUCAUCUUCCUGUUCAAGUGGAUUGAGGAGCGCAGAUCACGCCGGAAGGUCUCUACCCUGGUGGAUGAGACGUCGGUGAUUGACGAUGACAUUGUUAAUAACAUGUUCUUUGCUCACCAGCUGAUCCCCAAUUCCUGUGCCACCCAUGCCCUGCUGAGCGUCCUCCUGAACUGCAACAAUGUUGACCUGGGCCCCACGCUGAGCCGCAUGAAGGAUUUCACCAAAGGAUUUAGCCCUGAGAGCAAAGGCUAUGCCAUCGGCAAUGCCCCAGAGCUGGCCAAGGCCCAUAACAGCCAUGCCAGGCCAGAGCCCCGGCACUUGCCAGAAAAGCAGAACGGUAUCAGCGCUGUGCGGACCAUGGAGGCUUUUCAUUUUGUCAGUUAUGUCCCCAUCAAGGGACGGCUCUUUGAGCUGGAUGGGCUGAAGGUCUAUCCCAUUGACCACGGGCCGUGGGCUGACGACGAGGAAUGGACGGACAAAGCCAGGAGAGUAAUCAUGGAGCGCAUCGGCCUGGCCACUGCAGGGGAGCCAUACCAUGACAUCCGCUUCAACCUGAUGGCGGUGGUGCCUGAUCGGAGGAUGAAGUACGAGUCCAAACUGCACAUCCUGAAGAUGAACCGCCAGACUGUGCUGGAGGCCUUGCAGCAGCUUAUCCGAGUGACUCAGCCUGAGCUGAUCCAGACCCAGAAAUCUCAGGAGUCUCAGCCCCCUGAAGAGGCAAAGCCAGCCAGCAGCAAGACGGUGAUGCCAGAGAGCACCCAUCCAGAUGGCACCGAUGAGCCCGCCAGCCAGGGCCACCCUGCAGCCACACAGAGCCCACCCAACAAAUCCAAACCAGUGGCAAAGAUGUCAGCGAGCAGCAUCAAUGGGGCACCUCCAGGAAACCCCAACCCCAUCGUGCAGAGGUUGCCAGCCUUCCUGGAUAAUCACAACUACGCCAAGUCCCCCAUGCAGGAGGAGGAAGACCUUGCGGCCGGAGUGGGUCGCAGCCGGGUCCCAGUCCGACAGCACCAGCAGUACUCGGACGACGAGGAUGACUACGAUGAUGAUGAUGAGGAAGAAGUUCGUAACACCAACUCAACCAUCAGGUACAAAAGGAAAGGGCAGGUAAAGCAGGAGCAUGUGGCAGGGGCUGCGGAUGGCCAGCUCUCCGUCCUCCAGCCCAACACCAUCAACGUCCUGGCUGAGAAGCUGAAGGAAUCUCAAAAGGAUCUUUCCAUUCAUGGGGGGAAAAGCUCCCCCCCUUCCAUUAAACCUGGUGAAGAGGCCCCGGUCACAAUCAAACUGGACGAGAAGGAGGGCAGUGAGGCCAGUGACAGCAAAGAGAAGGUGGGACUUGGCAGGACCAGUGAUCACCCUGGGGGGGAAAAGUAUUCUCCCAAGGAGCUGCUGGCACUGCUGAAGUGCGUGGAGGCAGAGAUUGCAAAUUACGAGGCCUGUCUGAAGGAAGAGGUGGAGAAGAGGAAGAAAUUCAAGAUCGAUGACCAGAGGAGAACCCACAACUAUGAUGAGUUUAUCUGUACCUUCAUCUCCAUGCUGGCCCAGGAAGGCAUGCUGGCAAGCCUCGUGGAGCAGAACAUCUCUGUCCGCAGGCGCCAGGGAGUCAGCAUCGGCCGCCUGCACAAGCAGAGGAAGCCAGACCGCCGGAAACGCUCCCGCCCGUACAAAGCCAAGCGUCAGUAGCCUGGGAAUCAAGACUGUGAGAAGCAGCAGCUGGGCUUUGUGGCUUUGGGCAGUGCACUUGGAUCUAUGUUACCCUUUGCCCAAGGAAGAGGGACCACAGCAACAAGCCCUCGGCCGAGGUGGAGCCUGAGGACAAAGAGAAAUCGGGUUUUCCUCUGAGCCCCA